AUGCCCUCCCUCACCGUUGUCUCGAACUCAGCGCCCGAUAGUGGAACUGUCAAUUUACUGUUGGCACCGGAUUUCGUUGGCAAUUUCCUAGGAUGGUUCUUGUAUGGCCUACUCGUGCUGCAAACAUAUCACUACCGCAGAAAAUCUCGACAUGAUCACCCAAGCAUCAGGAUGACCGUCUGGGGCAUAUUCGUACUCGAGACCGCUCUCACUGUCAUCACGACCCGCGUCACAUACACGUUGCUUUGCAACGGAUGGGGUGAUCCCGACGCAUUGAGGAGGCUCAGUAGACUGGACGCGUUCAUCCCUGCCAUCGGUGGGCUUGUCUCAGGAUGGACUCAGACGUUCUACGCAUGGAGAAUCUACAAGUUGACUAGGAGCGAGAUGUGGGAACAAGAGCGGCGACCUUGGAGGUGUGUCCCCGCACUGGUCAUGCUGCUCAUGGGGACGUCAACUGGUACAGCUCUAUACUGCGGCUUUGGGACGAUCAAUUUCACGGACGUCGCAUCCUUGAUGAAUAUUCAAUCAAGACUCAUAGUCUGGCUUGUCACCUCCGUACUCUGUGACGCGAUCGUCGCACUGAGCCUGAUCUACAUCCUGCAUCGGAUGAAUCGACUCUUGUCCUUGCCGAAAGAAUUUGAGAUCCAUGAAAGCCCUCUCGAGGGUAGAAUCAAGAGCAUCAUACUCAUGUCACUGGAAACUUGCUUGCUCACGACGAUAUCAACGAUUGCUAUGCUUGUGCUCUUCGUCGUUCUACCGCAAAGCAGGUUACCCACUAUGAUGGGCUUCAUAACCUCCAAACUCUACUCAAACAGUCUUCUCGUCUCCCUGAACUCGAAGCAUCACUGGGCAGCGAGGGUGGCUGGAAGGAAUAGUACCUUUUCCGCAUUGGAGCCUUUCGCCGCCGCCGCACCACGAAGGAGAGAGACCAAUACUUCCGUCACGGUUGAGGUUGAAGUGCCGGUCGAUGAUAAACCUUAUAAGAGAGCGGAUUGA